GCGGUGGCGCCACACCUGCUCCUUCCCGCCCCCUCCUCUUCCCCUUUCCUUCCCUUCCUUCUUCCUUUUGUAGUAUUAGCAGCGAAGGUCCCCGGAGCCUUGCGCGCGCCUGGAGAAGACUGGGUCACAGGUGGGAACAGCGCUUUGGAGGAAAAGGGCUGGCUGGGAGACAGCCCGGGGGAACCCCAGUUUAGGACCGGUGCUGCGCAUGCCCGGGGGCUGGGUGUGGGGAGAGGGGAGAAGAAGGCGGUGGCCGCAGCAAAGCCCAUUCUCCCGCCGCCUGCUCGCGUGAAGACGAUCCAGGACGAGCCGGAGUCAGGUGCGCAGGGGACAAGUGAGCUCGUUCUCCUAGUGCGCCCCCAGUGCGCCCGGCGCGGGGACUGUUGUUAGUCUUAUUUUGGAGGAGACUAAGAAGAAUUCUUCAUUUUGAAAUUUCCUAGACCAUUGAUAUCCAUAAUGUCAUCCAGACCAUUUGAAAGUCCUCCUCCAUACAGACCAGAUGAAUUCAAACCAUCUCAUUAUGCACCAAGCAAUGACAUAUACAAUGGAGAGAUGCAUGUUCGGCCAAUGCUUUCUCAGCCAGCCUACUCCUACUAUCCAGAGGAUGAAAUACUUCGUUUCUACAAGUGGACUUCCCCUCCAGGAGUGAUUAGGAUUUUGUCAGUGAUCAUUAUUGUGAUGUGUAUUGCCAUCUUUGCCUGUGUGGCUUCCACCCUUGCCUGGGACAGUGGCUAUGGAAGCCCUUUUCUGGGAAGCUACCCUUAUAGCAGCUUUGGGAGCAGCUACGGCUACGGCUACAGCUACGGCUACGGCGGAGCUUACACUGACCCAAGGGCUGCAAAAGGCUUCAUGCUGGCCAUGACGGCAUUUUGUUUCGUUGCUUCAUUGGUGAUAUUUGUGACCAGUGUUAUCAGAUCGGGAAUAUCCAGAUCAAGAACAUAUUUCUUAGUGGUGAUCAUUGUAAGCGCCAUCCUUGGCAUUAUGGUAUUCAUUGCUACCAUUGUCUACAUAAUGGGAGUCAAUCCAACAGCACAAGCUUCUGGGUCACUGUACUCAGCUCAGAUAUAUGCUCUCUGCAACCAAUAUUAUGCAACUACGACCACUGGACUCUAUGUGGAUCAAUAUCUUUAUCACUACUGCGUGGUGGAUCCCCAAGAGGCCAUUGCUAUUGUGCUGGGGUUUCUGGUUAUUGCAGCUUUUGCUUUAAUGAUAUUCUUUGCUGUGAGAACCCGAAGUAAGAUGGACAGAUAUGACAAAUCCAACAUUCUAUGGGACAAAGAAAGUGUCUAUGAAGAGCAGCCUCCUAAUGUAGAGGAAUGGGUGAAGAAUGUGUCAGUAAAUACACAAGAAGUACCCCCAGUUCCAUCUGACUAUGCGGAUAGAGUUGAUAGUUCCAUGGCAUAUACCUCUUAUGGCAGAAUGAAUGACAAACGAUCAUAUGCAGACUCUUCAUACAAAUCAACACCGAUACCAGAAGUGGUUAAGGUGCUUCCAGUGACUUCACCAGUGGAUGAUUUCAGGCAACCUCGAUACAGUAGUAAUGGUAACUUAGCAGUAUCUACAAAGAAACAUCUUGGAAAAGGAAGGACGUCAAAAAGAGCUGACCAGGACCACUAUGAAACCGACUAUACUACUGGAGGGGAAUCAUGUGAAGAACUGGACGAGGACUGGGACAGGGAGUACCCACCAAUAACUUCAGACCAGCAGAGACAGCUUUAUAAGAAAAAUUUUGACAGUGGCCUACAAGAAUACAAGAGCCUACAAGCAGAAAUUGAUGAAAUCAACAAAGAGCUGUCCCGCCUGGAUAAAGAAUUAGAUGACUAUCAAGAAGAAAGUGAGGAAUACAUGGCUGCUGCUGAUGAAUAUAAUCGACUGAAGGAAGUGAAAGCGUCUGCAGAUUAUAAGAAUAAGAAGAAAUAUUGCAAGCAGCUGAAAAGCAAAUUGUCUCAUAUCAAAAAGAUGGUUGCGGAUUAUGAUAGACAAAAAACAUAAAGUCAGUGACUGGAAGGUUUGAGAGACUGUAGAGUAUAUCCUUGCCUUCUCUGCAAAUGCCUUAACCAAUGUUGUCUGAAGACAAAAUAUCUCUAGAGUGUAAUCAAUGAGAAGAUAUCUCUUUGCGACCUUUAUAAAGUUUUGGUACCUAAAGCUAAUUCAGUGGCAUCAGUGUUGAUAUAUUUUAUAAUGCUUUUUGGUAACUCACCUUUACAUUCUGACAUUAAGGGUUUUAGUCUUUUAAAUUUAGGUACUAGUAUUAAGGACCAAAUAUAUUUUGAAGACUUAACCUUAAUGACUACUUCAGAUGUCACCAGCGCUAUCUGUAACUUACACUCCAGUCUCCUUUGUCUUCUCAACUGGACAUGUAACCUCAUUGAAAAGCUCUCUCCACAAUAGAGUUGCUACUGUUUUAGCUCACAAUUCAGGUGAACUCUAUAUAAAACUCUGAAUAUAUUAAAAAUGAAGGUCUUUGCCUUAAAUAUAUUCAUGUCUACUAUAUAUGCUGCAUUCUAAACCACAGCCCCAUUGAUUCCUUCUUAGUGGCUUGAAAAUUGUGAACUAUUUUCCUCAGCUGAUGCUACCUAACCAAAAUUAUGCAAAAAUAUCAAGUGUAUGAAAUUUUAAGUGUAUAUAUUUUACUUUUUUAAUCAGGGCAUUUAGACUCAUGAUGAUGUAGGUUAGAAUUUCUGUCAUGUAUUUUUGAAUGACUGUCAUUCACCUGUUUUCGUUUACAUGUUUUUUUUUAACCAAUUAGAUUCUUUGUAUAAUAAAACAUAAAUUACUUUUGUAAUACAGUUAUAACUUGAACUAUAUCUUACUGGAACUUUUCAGCCCUUUACAUAAUUUUAUCGACGAAUCAACCUGGUUAAUUAGUAACACACCCUUUUUUGAUAUUAUGUGAGUGCUCAUCAUGUUAGCAUAUGGAAAAACCUUACAUACUCAGUGGUAGUAAUUCUGGUGGUAGCAGUGUGAAGAGGUCUAUUCACACUAUGCUGGUUGUUGAUUAUGCUAAUUGUUAGGUUGUUGAGUUUUUGGAUAGUGACAACAGUUUUAUGUGAAAAGUGGAGAUGACAUGGCAAUUAAUGUAAUAGAGAUUUCCAGUGGUGUCAUUCAGUCUAAGUGUGUUCCAUUUAUUCUCAAGUUAUGAGUAGUCAAAUAAAUUUAGCUCAACUA